CGGGAGGCGGGGGGCAAAGGGUGCGUACCGUGUUGUUGUUGGGAAGACAGAGGGAAGGAGGAGGGCAGGAAGAGGAGGACAGGGAGAGGAGGAGAAUUGAGACAGGUGGAAGGUGUUUUCGUCGUCUCAGUGGAAGAGAAUACGUCAGCUUAGGACUUGCUGGAGCAGGAAGACGCUUGCGGGCGAUGGCGGGCGGAGGCGGCGGAGGCGGCGAUGGUCGCGGCAGGCUGUCGUCGUCCUGCGGGAGACGCAUUUGUUUCCUUAGUGCUGCAAAAUGGCCUCUCUUGUUUCUUGUUUCUUGUGUCCUUGCUUGCAGCUAUGGUGGAAAAGCGGGAGGUGGAGUUAUGGCAUUGGGCCCUGCUGGCUUGACCGUGGAAGACAAAGCGGUUUUGCGCAGUUUGUUCGUUGGGAUUCAGAACUUGAAAGCGGGAGUUGAUGGCGACGGGUUGAUGGAGGAGAUCUAUGCCGCGACGAAGGCCGGGGCUAUCUUGGAAAGUCUCCCAUCGAUGGGGGAGGGCAUAUUGUCGGACGGAGGACUAGUAGAUAAAUACCUCCUAAGGAAAAUUGGGGAGGGGAAGACAGCUGAGCAGUAUUACUUCAUCUUACAGACGGCUGGAAUAUUGAAUCUGCAAGUGACGCAGAAGCUGGCUCUGACGAAGGCGGUUCCCAUCUUCUGGUCAACGCUAAGGAGCAGCCGAGCGCUGAUGCCGUUGUUUUACGCGGUCAAGGGGCUGCAAACGGCGAAAGAAGAGGGGGGAUCUCUGGAGAGUAUCGAGGGAGGAGGGGACACUGCGGAGAAGAAACGCACUCUCGAGGACACCCUGAACAGAGUGAAAGCUCUGGGGUCAGCGUCGGACGGCACGUGGAGCAAAGAGAAGGGAGGGAAGACGACGGCCACGUCGACCGGAUUUGCUUUCCAGGCGGUGGCCGCCAUCGCCGAUCUGCUUGGUGGUGGUGCCGAUGGCCAAGACUCGUUGUCGGCUUCGUCGCCUUCAGGAGCAGCAACCGUGGCGGCCAUAGCCGGCUAUGUGCCUAAGCUGUUCUCGACGGCGGAGACCUCCGACGAUGGACGGCUACGAUUCGAAGAUCAAGAGAAUGGCGCGCUGAUUGCAACAGCCUCUGUCUUGACAGGAUUAUCGGCGCUCCUCGAAGUACCGGCCGUGCAAUCGGCGGUGAAAUGGUCGGGGGACAAGCUGGCGGCGGGAACCAACUUCCUCCUAACGGAGGCGGCUACCACCACCUACCCGUCGGAAGCACUCUUCGUUCUCGAAUCCGUCGAUAUGCUAUCACGCAAUCCCAUCGCCGUGCCCCUCGUGAUAUCGCUGAUCUCGUCGCCAGCAAUCUCCUUCGGCGCAGAUGAGAAGCUCAAGGUCGCUGUUACUAAUCCCUCUGGAGACCGACUGAACGAGAUGACCGUUGUUCUGGAGAGUGCCACGCGUGUGGGAGGGAGUAGUAAGAAGCAACCCGUGGCGUUGAAGAACAAGCGGCUGAAGGAAGUCCCUCUGCCAGAGGGGGUCAUGUCCAUCUACGAGCUGGCGGUUCCGAUGGACUCGUUCGACCUGGGCAAGUACGAGAUCAGGCUGACAGCUACGCCAUCGCCGUACGAGACGCAUUAUCUUCCAGCGGAUGUGACGUCAGUCAUCAAAGUGACAGGAGUGGUGGACGUGGGAGAUGUCAAACUCGCCGUGCUGGAUAGCGACACCGGUUUGCCGUCGAAGGAGACGUCUCUGGCGUAUGGCACGUCGGGCACGGCCGCCAUAUCGGCGACGCAUCUGCAGAAACUCCGCUUGUCGUUCAAGCUGAAGUCCCCGAGCGGAAGACCUUUCCUACCUCAACAAGCGUUCGUGAAGUUCGUCCACGUGUCAAGCAGCACCGCCCACCUGUACGUCGCGAAGCCAGACGACAAGGGAGAGGCCCUCGCCGUGCAGCUCGACUUCUUGGAGGCUAUGGAGAAGUCCAACUUCCUCUCCGGCGCGUACUCCAUCUCUCUUAUCGUCGGCGACGCGUGUAUGGAGAAUCCCCUCCUCUGGGCAUUGGGAGAGUUGGACCUGGAUCUCCCGAAGCCGCCGCUUUCCAAGCCGACGUCUUCGUCGACGGAGGGAUCAUCCCGACUACCGAAGAUGGCGACACCCCAGUACGGUCCGCAGCCCGAGAUCGAACACGUGUUCCGCAAGCCGGAGAAACAGCCGCCAGCGUACGUGUCGUACGCUUUCUGUGGCCUUCUGCUGCUGCCUUUCUUCGGCUUUUUGUACGGUUUGAGCAAGGCCGAGGCCAAUCUCAAGUCAUUCCCGACGUCUGGACUUCCUUUGCUUGCCUCCGUUGCCUUCGUCGGCGGAAUUUUCAGCAUUCUCCUCGUCUACGCUCUCUUCUGGUGGAAAUGGAAUCUCUUCACCACGAUCAAGCUUCUUCUGCCCUUGGGAACUUUCACCGCCUUCACCGGCCAUUUCGCCUUGUCCUUCCUCGCGGAUGCACGGAAAGAGAAGGUGGCGUAGUGAGUGAGGUCGCUGGUGGGAAUGACAAAAAAAAUUCGAGAGAACAAGAGCGGCGGCCGGCAGCAGCAGCAGCAACGAACGAGGCAUAGACAAGAGGGGGUGGGGGGGAGGGGGGGUGUCGCAAAACCCUAAUUUGACUAACUCCUGCGGGAACGGGGCAAACAAAAAACCCUAACCUGACUAUGAGUUCUGAGAGAACGGGGCAAACGCAAAACUCUAAUAUGCGUUCUUCUCUCUCCCCUAACCCUAGCUCGCGCCAUUCAGGUUACCCUUCUCCCUAUACCUACCGCCGGAAGAGUCUUCUGCUCCUCUCCUCUUCUCCUCCUCCUCCUCCUCCUCCUCCUCCUCCUCUUCCUCCUUUUCUGCCUCACCUCCUUCCUCUUCCUCCCUGCCUUCUAUCACACCCGCUCUCUCCCUAAGCGCUUCUGAACCAGUCGUCGUUUGCGUUUGGUGAUGUAUCAGUCACCAAGUCUGUCAGCGGGAGCAUCUGUCAUCGGCGCGCAGUUACUCGCGUAUGUUCAGUGCCCGGUGGCUCAAUCAUCCUUUGCCUAAUGCCUUUUUGCUUGCCCCUAUCUGGCGCUUGUCGGCGCGGGAAGAGUCGGGGAGGAAAAUGGGGGAAAGGGGGGGGGGRGGAGGGGGGGGGGGGGGGGGGAAAGCACUAAAGCCAUGCGCGCGCGUAUGUCGGACGGAGAGCAGGAAGGGGGUGACACGUAGAGAAGAGGCCGCCGGGCGCUCGUUUGCCCCCAGGAAGAAGUGUGCGUUCUUGGCACAUGAGUCGUUCCGCGCCUUGCGCGUCUGAAAGGACAGGGGGUGGGUGACUUGGAGGCGAAGAGGCAAGAGGGAGCGAUGCGGCGAAGAAGCGGCGGGUUGUGAUUGGCUGUUUGAAGGCGAACUCGCAUGGUGCGUGUUUGAAUCCUUCUCUCGUUACUAUCGACCCGUUUUCUACUGGCAAGAGAUUUCUUCUUUUGGUUGUUGGAUGCUCAGCUAUUAUCUUUGUUGAGACAGAAGAACCUCUUUGGUCUUUCUUUCAUCUGUGGAGAGAAAGGCGUGAUAAGCAUGUCUUACGCGGAGUGAAUAGAUAGUGGGAAAUCAUCAGCAUCAGUUUAGGAGUAGACCCAGUUUGGUGUUCGGCGGCUUAACGCAGUUGAUUGCGUUGUUCGAUUUUGCUGAGACGAGCGCCUAUGAUGCUUAUCUUCUCCUCACCUGGUGUCCUUCCACUUCCUCGGAACUGCUCUGUUGUCUCCUGCAAUAAGGAUAGUGUCAGCUUGAAAGUCCUUAUGAAUGAUGAUGAUGAUGAUGAUGAUAAUGAUGACGAUGAUGAUGAAGGUGAUGAUGAUGGAUAGUGCGGAGCGUUGCUGUCACGUGUGGUUUGUCAGGCAAUUGGUGAGGCUAGUGAUCUUGCAGGGCAAGUCGCCGGCCUUCUCUCUCUCUAUCUGUUUCUCGCGAGACCGGGGGGGAAUGAGGGGAAAGGCGGGGUUGGUAGGGGAAGAGGAAGACGAGGGUGAAGUGGGAGAGGAGGGGAAGGAUCAGAGAAAGGAGGCGAGUUGGAGGUUCGAAGGGAGGGGAAGAGGGAGAGGGGGGGUGAAGUGGGAGAGAGGGGGGAAAUGAUAAGAAGAAGGCGUGCGCGGAAGAGAAUAGGGCCAAGGAAGGGGGUGUGAGGUAGGGGAGGAGGGGACGAUCGGACGGAGGGCAGCAUGGAGAGGUAAUUAGGAGCGCAAGGAGAAGGGAGAGAACUCGAGGCGUUUUCUUAGCCUUCCUGAGCGGGUUGUUGGCGUCUUAAGAGUCUGUCGGUGAUUGGUUGUAGUCUGCCCUUGGUGUGGGUAGCAUGUGCGGGAAAUUGCCUUGUUCAAUUUUGAAAGGGAAAAAAAGGGAAAUUCAGAGUGAGAGCAAGAGAAACGUUGCUUUUGUUUACAAUGG